UAAAAAUAGCCAAAUGAUCAAUAAUAAAAAGGAAUCUCAUCAUCAAAAAUCACGUAUAUUAUUAUUCACUUGUCAUUUUGUAGUAGUCAUCACUACUUUAUUUCUUGUACACUCAAAGAUUACAAUUGCUUGCUCUUUUAUUCAUUCUAUCCAUCUCUAGUAUUAUUUCUCUACCUAUAGUAAUACCCUUGCUUAACUUCAAAAAACAAAAAUGGCCUUAAUCGACUUAUUGCUCGAUUUUGAGGAUUAUUUCCCAUCAAUGGUUGCCAGACUAGGGGCGGAAGCAUUCGUUGGAGAGCUAUGUAACGGGUUUAUUUUGUUGAUGGAUGUCGAAAAAGGGGUUAUCACGUUCGAGAGCUUGAAGAGGAACUCCUUUUUGUUGGGUUUGAAUGACAUGGGAGAUGAUGAAUUUUUGUGCAUGCUUAGAGAAGGAGACCUUGAUGGAGAUGGAGCUCUUAGUCAAAUGGAAUUUUGUAUUCUCAUGUUUAGGUUAAGCCCUGGUCUUAUGGAUGAAUCAAGGCUUUGUAUGAUGGAUUAUGGUGGCCUUCCUAUCUUGGCUUGAUUAAGCCUAGCUAGUUAAGCUACCGCCCUUUCGAAUUGAAUCAUGGUUUGUUAAUAUAAUCUUUCUUAUAUAUCAUUGUUAUUAGCCUCUACUUAGCUUUAUGAUAAUGUUCUCCUUUUGAAUAAUAUAUAUUCAACUGUAAAUAAAUCUAAUGAUAUGUUGUUGAUGGAUUAAUUUGUUGUGCUAGUUAAUUAGUUACUCAUUUUACAUGUUGAACAUUGACAUGCAAAUUUCAUUAUGUUUAUUGUAAUGAUUACCAUAUAUAUCAUGUAUGAUUCUUGAGUUGUGCUUUUGAUUUUUGCAUUGAUUUUUUGGUUGAUAGAAAGCUACUCGUACACUUUGCUCACCUAUAAAUGGUUGAUAUCUCACCUAACAAGUAACAAGUAUACUUUUUAAUUAGUUUAUGAGUUACUGCAAAUUCUUUGUGGUGGGGUUAUAGUUACUACUUUGUACGAAGUAUUUUGGGCUCAACUAACCCUAUCCAUCAAUUCUAAAAUGGAGUAGAAGGGGAAAAAAAAUCCCUAACUCUUCAUCGAUAAAUAAGUAGAACAAAAAAAAAAAAAAAA